AUGAAAUCAUCUCAAUCAAGGCCUGGUAUGGCACCAAAUACAUUUCCAUUUCAACCUUCCACGGGUACAGGUCAGACUGUUAGUAAAAGUCCAUUUGAAAACUUGGGAACAAUAAAUAGUUCAACUAACAAUACCUAUGGGAUCUCAUCUCAUCAUAAUCCUGCGGCAAAUCAAUAUGGAGGGCCUCCUAAAGCCCAAUAUGGAUCACCACCAGUACCUGUAUUUAAUAAUACUAAUCCGAUUGGACCCUUAGCAGCUACAGUUGGGGCUACACAAGGAACAUCAGCUUCAUAUGGAACUUUUCAACCAACAGGACCAAGUAUGAUGUCUCAGGUUUAUAGUAAUAGAGUUAAUACAAAUUUAGGAUUUAUUCCUGGAAAUACUCAAUGUUCAAAUUUUGAAACAAGUAGCAAUUUAAUGCAACAUCAAACGUCUAUCUCAAGUCAAUCAAUAAUAUCGGAAAUUCAGCACUUAAAUUCACCUUCCUAUUUUGUACGUCCAACUGUUGCUAAAGUACCGAACUCAGCUAGCUUAAAACAGAAAGCUCAUAUUCCUGUAGGAUUGGUAUUUCAGCCAUUAGCAAAUCCACCACCAGGUUACCCAGAAGUUCCAACAGUUUCUUUUGGAUCAAGUGGAAUUAUUGUUCGCUGUAAACCAUGCAGGACCUAUAUAAAUCCUUUUGUGAAAUGGGAAGCUGGUGGUAGACGUUGGGUAUGUAAUAUGUGUGGUUUUAGCAAUGAAACUCCCUCAUUUUAUUUUUGUGGUUUGGAUGAACAAGGUGGAAGAACGGACAGAUAUGAAAGACCUGAAUUAUCUAUAGGAAGUGUAGAAUUUAUUGCCACUGCUGAAUAUAUGGUCAGACCUCCUCAACCUCCCGUGUAUUUUAUAGUUUUAGAUGUAUCAUUACCUUCAGUUUCUUCUGGCCUUGUUGAGACUGUUUGUAGUGCUGUAAAGGCAGCUUUAUUGUCGGAUAAUAUUCCUGGUGGUGGAAGAGCUCUUAUUGGUAUUAUUACAUAUGACACAAGUAUACAUUUUUAUAAUCUGAAUCCUAAUUUAUCUCAACCUCAAAUGCUGAUUGUGUCAGAUUUGAGUGACUUAUUUCUUCCUUUAUCAGAUGACAUUUUAGUUAAUGUAGCUGACUCAACUCAGUCUAUUAUUAAUCUUUUAGAUAAUUUACCGACUUUAUGGCGAAAUAAUCGUGUUGUAGAAAAUUGUAUGGGAUCAGCUAUAAAAGCUGCAUUUAUGGCAAUGAGACAUAUAGGUGGAAAGAUGAUACUAUUUGCAUCUACUGCUCCCACAGUGGGAGACCAAGCGAUAAAGAUACGAGAUCAUGCCAGACAAGGGGGUAAAGACUCUGAAAAGGUAUUGGACCGUGAAGUGGAGCUUUUAAGACCUGCAAAUGACGGAUACAGUAAUUUUGUACAUGCUAUGGUUAGAACUUACAUAAGUGUAGACUUAUUCAUGUGCACUUCUCAGCCAUAUGUUGAUCUUCCUACGAUAGCUCCUAUUGUUAAAAAGACUAGUGGGGACUUGAUAUAUAUUUAUGGCUUUAAUGCAUACCUUCAUGGCCAAAAAUUACGUGAAGACAUAAUUUCAGUCCUAACAAAAAGUUCUGCCUGGGAAGCAUGCCUUAGAUUUCGUGUGAGUAGAGGCUGGAAAAUAACUAACUGGUAUGGAAAUUUUUAUUUCAGUGGUACAGAUUUACUGUUGGCACCCAGUUGCCACAGUGACCAAUCUUACAGUAUUGUUAUUGAUAUGGAGGAUAAUGUCACUGUUGCUCCAGAUCCCUUUGUUUACAUACAAGCUGCUUUACUUCAUACUAACAGUGAUGGUGAAAGGAGAAUCCGUGUUCAUACAAUUGCUUUACCUGCCACUCAAAAUUACAUUGAACUGGCUUCUAGCAUGGAUGUUCAAGCAACAGUAUCUAUUAUAUGCCAACAAGCAAUGGAUAUUAGCUUACAUAGUAAACUGUUAGAUGGACGAAAUUAUCUACAAACUAUUUGUUCACAAAUAUUACUUCCUCAGUCAAAUCAGAUAGCUGAAUCUGCAAAGUCACUACCUUUAUACAUCCUUGGGGUUUUAAAAUGUCCUGCAUUUAAAGAUUGUAAAGAAGCUUCUCAGUCUGACCUAAGGAUCUAUCACUGGACUAGACUAGCAAGUCUAAGGUUGGAGUCUCAAAUUAUUUUAUUCUAUCCUCGACUAUUUUGUUUGUCAUCAUGGAAUCACCAACAACAAGAAAAUGAACAAUCCUUAGUUUUACCUCCAAUGUUAAAUUUAACGGCUGAACAAAUGACACAAUCUGCAGCUUAUUUAUUAGAGGAUGGUGAAUCUAUGUAUCUUUGGUUAGGUAGAGCUAUUCCAACGUCUUUUAUUCAACAGAUUUUUGGGGUUGCCUCAUUAGAUCAACUUCAUCCUGACUAUGCUGAGACAGUUAUUGGAUCUACAGGAGGUCCAUUAGGAAUAAAAAUAGCUGGGCUUUUACAUAAUAUUAGAGAACAAAGAAAACCUCCAUUUAUGAAACUUUAUGUUAUAAGACAAGGUGAUCCUUUAGAAAACCGAUUCUUCCAAUCGCUUGUAGAGGAUAAAACUCAAGGUUUUAUGCUUUCUUAUCAGGACUUCUUCAACAAAGUUAUGCCAAGAACUACUGCUGCAAUUCCCCAGAGAUACGCUCACUGA